AUGCACAGUUCAUACGCAAUUUUUGUUAUUUUUAUUCUAUCCCUUGAUUAUGUGUCUUCCUACCGCAACAAUCACUAUGGUCAUUCUUAUCAUACGAAAUUCGGCGCCUACCCGGUAAAAGCUUACCAGACCUAUUAUCCAUCGUCUCCUUCACAUCAUUACACCAAUCAACCAACUCACAACUACUGCAACAUUCCUCCGGAUCUCUGGUGCGAUAGUCCACAAUCGGCACAACAAUGUGGUGUUCAACGACAAUGUGAUGCGUUACGAUUCCAUAAAAGACGUCCUAUAAAGAUCACUUUGAUCUACGAAGCAUUAUGUCCUUAUUGUCAAAAAUUUAUCUCCAAUCAACUCGGCAGCAUGUAUCAACAAUACAAAAGCCAAAUGGAACUGGAACUCAUACCAUGGGGUAACUCCAGAAUAUUGCGGGAUGGCUCAUUCUCAUGCAACCAUGGCAAGAAAGAAUGUGAUGCUAACAGGCUGCAGUCCUGUGUGAUUGACAUAUUCAAGUCUUCCGGCGCUUUGCCGUUCAUCGUCUGUUUCGAGAGGGUUAUACAUCACAACAGCGUCGAUCAGGCAAUGCACGCUUGUUCCGCAUUUAUUCGCAGCCAAUAUCGACAAAUUCGACUGUGCUACGAUGGAGAACGUGGUACACAGUUGCAACGGAUAGCUGCUCAUAGAACUAUGAGCACAAAGCCGCAUCCAAUCGUAGAGGUGCCGUAUCUGCUCAUCAACGACUACACACCAUCGGUUGAUAAUAAUAAUCUCAACAUAAUGAUCCUCCCACAAUUACUCAACAAAUGGUCUAAACUUUAUUCAUAA